AUGGCUUCAUCAAGCUGGCGGCUGCUGAAAGGCAAAACAGCCUGCAUCACCGGAGGCACAACUGGCAUUGGCCGUGCGAUAACACUCGAAUAUUUGAGACACGGCGCCAACGUCGCGGUCAACCACCUUGGCCUUCCCAGCGACGAAAAACACAGACUCAGCCUUAUCGAAGAAGCGGAAAAGAUCAGAAAAGAUGCCCCCAAAGAUUCGCCGACGGGCGAGUUGAUUGAGCUUGCAGGCGAUGUGACAGACCCGAAUACUGGAAAGGGGCUCGUUGCCGCAGCAGUCAAGAAAUGGGGUGGACUGGAUGUCUUCAUCGCGAACGCUGGCAUUUUCAAGCCAGCUGAGUUUCUCACACUCGAAAAAGAAGUCUUCGAUAAAACACUACACGUUAAUGUCAACGGCGCAUUCUACUCGUGUCAGGCAGCGGCGAACCAGAUGGUCAAGCAAGGACGCGGAGGAUCAAUCAUCGGCAUCUCAUCAAUCAGCGCUCUGCAGGGUGGAGGUCUGCAGACACAUUACACGCCGACAAAGGCAGCGGUCCUGUCAAUGAUCCAGUCAAUGGCAGUGGCUCUUGCAAAGCAUCGCAUCAGAUGCAACGCUCUGCUUCCUGGCACUAUCCAUACACAACUGGCGGAGGAAGACAUGCAGAAUGAGACGAAGCGCAAGUAUCUUGAGCAACGUAUUCCAAUGGGCGUGGGCAAGCCUCAUGAUCUGGCUGGGCCGGCGGUUUUCUUGGGUUGCGAGGAAUUAAGCGGGUUCAUGACAGGAUCCCAGAUGUUGGUGGAUGGUGGUAUAUUCAAUGGCAUAAGUAUCAUCAAGAUGAGCGCCGAUGACGAAGAUUCACAGCCAUACUUCACCCGUGGCCGCCUCAGUCGUGGCCGCGGCCUCAGAAACAGUACCGGCUGUACCGGCGAUAGACCAGCUUUCGAGCAAGACUCUCCAGAGCAAGUCGACGCGUUAUGCACAGGCAUCACACCACGAGGCACAGCACGCACGUCCAGCUCGUUUGGGGCAAACCUAGAGAACGCCACGGCCAUUUGGGUCGACCUGCUUCUCCAAGAUGCGGCCAUGCAAGAAAUCGAUUUCACCAACGUCAAUUUCGAAGAAGGCGUGGAUCUCUUUGCAAGUUCGGUCGUGCAAUCACCUGCUGUGGGGCGGGGUAUACCAAACACCAGUGGAGAAGGCCUCAGUCCUACGCCAUGCGCGUCACAUCCCUACUUGCAUGAGAGAUCUCCGACGCUCGAUGAAUACCAAUGCCUCGAGAAACAGGCUUGGCGAUCGGCUACGCCUCUACCAAUACAAGCGCAGGAACAUGUUGUUUUUCAAAAUUUUGUGCAACACAUUAGUAGAUGGAUGCAUAAUGUAGGGCUGCUCAAUGCAGUUCUCGCUCUGUCUGCACGUCACCUCUCUUUGAGUAAACACUCAGAAGACACACAAACCAGAGACCCCAACGACGCACUACGAUAUUAUUACAAGACACUACACUAUAUCCAAGAGGCGAUGCAAUACGACACAUACAAAACGAGCCUCGAACUCCUCGCGACCAGCAUCACUGUAUCAGCAUACGAGAUGCUCGACGGCUCAAGGCAAGAUUGGGAAAGACAUCUGAAAGGAGUCUUCUGGAUCCAACGCUCACAAGUCAUACAUGGCGAUUCCAUGGGCUUGAAGCAAGCUGUCUGGUGGGCAUGGAUAUGCCAGGAUGUCUGGGCUGCCUUUCGCGAGAGGCGCCGUCCUUUUACAUUCUGGCGGCCACUAAAGACAUUGGACGAUCUAGGCCCGUCCGAGCUGGCUGCACGGUCAGUCUACUUCUUCGCUCAGGUGAUCGCGUUCUGCUCGUAUGAAGAGACCGAAGCGGGGAAGAAUGACCCUCACGCGAGGAUCGCGGCGGCUGAUGCCCUGAGAGAAAUGCUGGAAAACUGGAGGCGGCACCUAACGGCCGAGUUCCAACCACUCCCCUACCCGAGUUCUCCUGAUGACAUCUUCGAGCCAAUCUGGAUCAACCCUCCCGCAUUUGCGGUAGCUUUUCAAAUCUACUACUGCUCCCACAUCCUGCUCCUAAUGAAUGUACCCGUUCUAGGUGGACUUGAACAGUACACACAGCAGAGGAAGCGUCUGAUGGAAUGCGUCAAGAAACCGGCAUACCCCUCGAGAAUAGUAGAGAACGGAAAUGCGUUCUAA